AGCCGCAGCUGCGCUCCCGUGUCCUGUGGUGUUUGGUCCAAUCUGCGAUACAAGAGGACGGAUGUGUCUCAAAGCCCACCGUGAAACCUCACAACUAGAUGGUGCAUCAACAAUCAGUGUCACAGUAUGUUUAACCUGAGACUGUUUAACGUCAACAAUGAUGUUGUGAAAGUCCCUCGUAAUUUCCGGCUCCUGGAAGAGCUGGAGGAAGGCCAGAAAGGUGUGGGAGAUGGGACGGUGAGCUGGGGUCUGGAGGAUGACGAUGACAUGACCCUGACACAUUGGAGAGGGGUGAUCCUCGGCCCCCAAAGGACAAGCUUUGAAAACAGGAUGUACAAUCUGAAAGUUGUAUGUGGGCCAGAAUACCCAGAGUCACCACCGUUUGUCAAAUUUGUGACAAAGAUAAACUUGAAUGGCGUGCACACCUCCAGCGGGGAGGUUGACGUGAAUGCGGUGACUGCACUGGCCAAGUGGCAGAACUCCUACAGUAUCCGGAUGGUGCUGUUGGAGCUGCGACGGCUCAUGACCUGCAAGGAAAACAUGAAGCUUCCUCAGCCACCUGAGGGUCAGAUCUACAACAACUGAGCCCCUGCUACAUUUGCCUCCAUUGUUCCCCCUCAACUCUGUUUUUGUUUUGCUUUCAUCCCUUUUUCCCCCCAUCCUCUCCGCCAUGUGACAUCCCACCUCUUGCCAACACCUUGACUGAGCACGCACACACACGCACACGCACACACACGACUGAAGACGUAUACAAUAACAGAUACAUGCAAACAUACACACACACGCAUAUCUGUAUACACAGCAGAUAGAUGACUGAAGUCCACAGUAAUACAUACAAGCAAAACAUAUGAACACACAUACGCACAUACAAAGGUAUCUGUAUACACACACACACACAACUAGUAGAAGACCUAUACGAUAACAGGUACACGCAAAUACACACACACACACACAUAUAUAUAUAUAUAUAUAUAUAUAUAUAUAUAUAUGUAUAUGUAUAAAUGUGUGUAUGUAAACACACACUUGUUGAGCAUUCAUGAAAGUCAUUCCAGGCCCCUCCCCUCCCCAUCACUGGAGCUCCGGGUGGACUCGAUGUGACGAGGCAGGUGGAGUCCUCAGUCCACCCCAGAUAUGAUCAUUCGAAAUACUGUACAUGUUACUAAUCUUUUUUUUUUAUUAUUAUUUGUUUAAAAUGCAGAUUGUACAAUAACAUAAAUAAUCUUAUUGAGUGUA